AUGUAUAAACACCUAAUAUUAUUUACAAUUACAACAAUCAUCUUACUUUUAUCACAAUCGACAAAGACUGUCUAUUCAUUUACAGUAGAAGAAUUCGAUACAUUGGAAUGGAUAUCAAGACAAUAUCAAUUGUCAUGGAAUGUAACAGAGACGGGAAUGUGCAGUGGUAGUGCAAGUGGAGUCACUUGUGUCGUUACAGAGACUGGAAACCACAUUAAAACAAUCUCACUUGUUGAUGGCACUAGAUAUCAAAGACCAAGUCCAAUUGGUGUACCUCUUAAUGGUAGAUUCUAUCUACCAGAAUGUUUAUCAAUCUCGAUUAGUAGAAAGGAAAACAUUACAACCUACAAUGUUUUAAAUUACAUUCGUGAUCUUUCAAAACUCACUACACUCAAUGUACAAUACCAACAAUCUGUCACUGAGUUUCCUACUGGGUUCCCAAUCAACUUGCCUCUCCUCAAUAGAUUAUCAGUAUCUGGUAAUCGUCUUACUGUCCUACCAACCUCUAUAUUUCAAUCAAAUAUUACUCAUUUAUUAAUGUUUGAACAUGGAUUAGAGUAUUGGGUAUCAUUGUCAUCACCAUCCACCAAACUUGUUUCACUUGAAGUAAUAUUAUCAAGAACAAAUACAUUGUAUAAUUUUCAUUCGAUUCUAUUCCCAAAUUUGAAAACAUUGUCUUUGUUUUCAAACAAUCAAGUAUUAUCAACCAAACCAACAAUCUAUGUUAAUAUUCCUAAUCUUCAAUCGUUGCUUCACUGCUCCUACGACAAUGGUGCAACCUUUGAUUUCAACGGUUCAAAGAAUAUCUCAUUGUUGCAUGUCCAAGGUAAUCAAACUGUUGUACCAAACAGUCUUGCUGCCUUUCCAUUACUCCGUACCAUUUCACUCCAAUUGUCAAAUGUAACCUUUUCAGUGUUACCACCAAACACUUAUUACUACUCUGAAACGUCAAGCAAGUCUGGUCAAACCACCUUUCCACCCGUCUCUUACUUUCCAGCAUCAACCUAUGGUCUUGGCUAUAGUUACAAUGAUAUGACUGGCUCGCUUCCAACCGACUACUACUUUCCACAAUUCACAGCAUCCAACAAUCGUUUGUCGGGUACCGUACCAAACAACUAUUGUCAAUCGAGUUCACUCAACUUUGCCAACAAUAUCAAUCUCACCGACGUUGCCGAUUGUUUUAAAUGUUAUUGGAAGAAUGGUGUUUCAAGUUGGUUCACCGGUACCUCUGUACCAAACUAUCAAAAUCAUAUUUGUACUUCAUUUGGAUUAUCACAAUAUGAUUAUUAUAUUACAAGUUCAACUACAUCGAUUGAAAUUCGAGGAACUUCACUUGGUUGGGGUGAGACUAUUGGCACAAAUGGAUUAUUCAUUUCCAAGCCAAAUGUUGCUGCUGAUUAUCUUGUGCCUUGGUCCAAACCAAAACAAGUCACACUUGUUUUUAGCUCGACCAUUAAUGCAACGAUCAAUCUCAUUUAUGCUGGACCAAGAAUCACCUCGACUACCUACAAACAACUACUCAACCAAUUGUUGGUCGACAUCAAGGGUGAAUUCGUACCAUCGAUUACACACAACAUCACUCUUGGAGGAGGAGCUUCCAACUAUGACUGUGUCUUGCAAUCGAUCAACUCGACCAACAUUAUUUGUAUCGUUGGUACUGCCAAUGUUCCAACGGGGUCCCAACCAACAGUCACAAAUGCCUAUGGUUCUGCAACGUCAAACUGGGCAUUCUACCUAGACUAUCCAAUCCUUUGGUCACAUUCAAACAUUACGACUGCUGGUGGCAAUUUAUACUUGGUUGGUGAAUUUUCGAGUACUCCAGCCUCAUCAGUUAUGAUUGGUGGAGGGUUACCAUGUCCAAUCAAUCAAGCUAAAUCUAAUCAUACCACCAUCUCUUGUAAUCUUCCAGCAAAUGUAGUACCAGCAGGGAUUUACACUGUGGAAAUUAUUGUGAAUGGUUGGAGACUUGGUCAAGACCGUUUUAUUAAUAUAACCAAUUUAACUACUACCACCACAACGACCGAUUCAUCGUCAAUCUCAACUGUUAACAGUUCCACCUCUACCACAUCAGCUGUUGAUACAACUACUGGAUCACCAACUACUACAACUGCCACCACAACAGUUGACACUACCACUGGAUCACCAACUACUACGACUACUUCCACCAUCUCACCAACUAGUUCAGCUGGAGUCACUACCAAUGUUAAGACCACAUUGGUUAGUACUACGACUACGACUACUCGUACCGCCACUACCAUGUCACCAAUCACCAAAAAGAGAAUGAAUAUUAAUAUUCAAAGUUUAUUAUUAACAUUUAUUAUUUUGGUUGCAAGCAGCAGUUCACCAUUUGUUUUUGCACAAUACUAUCAAUUCUAUCAUGAUCAAUAUCAUACUAGUUAUUCAAGCAGUGAUCCAAUCAUAAAUAACUUGGAAUGGACAUUUAACAAUCAUCAUGACACUACAAGUAAUCAACCACAACCAUAUCAUUUAGUUUAUAAUCCAAUCGUAUUAGAUGAUCAAUCAUUUGUAUUCUUAUCUUUAAAUGAUAAUAACCAAGAUAACAACAAUAACAACAGUACAACUAUAUCAAUUCAAUUAAAGAGAUUUAAUUAUAAUACCAUUGUAUUAUAUUUUGGUAUAUCAUUAAACAUUAAUAUAAAUCAAACUACAAAUAACAACAAUCAUAAUAAUAACAAUUCAGAUAAUGAUGAUUCAUUUCAAUCAUUAGUAUUCUCAUUAUUAUAUGAUAAUGAAACGAGUAGUAAUAAUAAUGAAGAUGGUACAAUCUUUUUGUUAGAUCAAUUAAAUAAUCAAUUAUAUUCUAUUGAUGCAAAGAAUGGAACUAUUUAUUGGAUUAGUAAUAUAACUAUUGUACCAAAUAAUCAAAAUAUAUUAUGUUCAUUCCCACAAUUAUUAAAUGGUUUGGUUACCAUUAAUUGUAAUCAAUAUGUAUAUAUGUUUGAUAGGACGAGUGGCAAUUUAAUCAAUAGUAUUGAAUUCCCAUCUUCGUCAGAUGGAUCAACUCUACAAUCUACGAGGUCACAAUCUACUUUGAUGGAUGGAUUAAAUGAUACAUUGGUGUUUAUAGAUUAUACGUACGACCAGUAUGGUCAAGUAGUUGUAUAUAAUCAAUCCAACACUGAUCAACCAUUUACUGUUGCACUGUCAUACAAUGACUCUUAUUAUUUAAUGUUAGAUCCCAAUCAAGACCCAUACUUUGGUCAGAUAACAUCAUCGGGUGUUAUUAGAGUAUUUACAUAUAAUAUUAUCAAUCGACCAACAAGGAUAGAGGUGUUUGAGACUGUCACUCAACUAGUUUGUAAUGGAUCUAGUUUCAAUAUUGAAUCUAGGUAUUUACACGAUCAAUCGGUCAUCUUUUACACUCAAAAACUUGUAAAGAAUGUUGAUUGUCGAUCAGGUAUAUUAAGUCCAACCAUAGCUAUCACCAACCCAUACAUUAUAACAUCAUUUCAAUUGGCCAAUCAAAAACCAAAAGGUGGUACAUACUUGAUGAGUAUAAAUACAAUAACAAAUGAAACAAAUUGGUUAAUUAAUAAUGAACCUUUAACGAUAUUAGAUCAAGUUGUAGCAGUUGAUAAUAGUAUUUAUCUUUGUACACAAGAAAAAGGAGUAAUAUUAAUUUCACAAAAGGGAACUAGAAAAUCAUUAGAAUUUCCUCCAUUGGAUGGUGAUGAAUCAACCAAUAAUAGUAGUAGUUUAUUUAUUAAAAGUUGUAAAUUGGCAGUUGGAGAAAAUAGUUUGGUGGUUGCAACUACUUGGACAUUGGAUUUGGAUGACAAUACGACUAUAGCUGGUAGUGGGUUGUUGAGACUUGGUGAUAGUGUUUGUACAGAGCUAUGUCAAUCAAAUUGGACAUGUACCACAAAGAAUUGUCAAUGUGCACACAACUACUUUCCAGCUUCCAACUGUACAAUCUAUUGUCUUGCAAGUGAAACUUGUUCUGGAAAUGGAAAUUGUCAACCCGAUGGCACAUGCAAGUGUUUGGAUGGAACAGGGUACUAUGGAGAUGACUGUGGAAGCUGUCAAUCUGGUUAUUUUGGAGGUUCUUGUAACAUGAGAUUCAACUGGGUGACGAUUGGAGUGGCUGGUGGUAUUGCCACGUUGGUCACCUCUGGUAUAUUUCUUUUUUGUUGUUUGACCAAACCAAAAGAAGCUCGUUUCUGUUGUAAAUGUUGUUACUCUAGAAAAGAUAUCUACUCGGAUUCAAUGUGUUGUCUUGCCAUUCCAUUUUCCAAAUGUUUCAAGAAAAGGAAAUCGGAUGUCAUGGAUAAUCGUUGGACAAUCACCUCUACCAUGUCACCAACCUCUAAUGACAAUAAUGACCAACAUAACAAUUUUAAAAGACAAAAUGAUAGUAUCAACCAAUUAUUUCAACUCGACGAAGAUCAACAUGAAGGAAAUGAAAAGGAAGCUGAUUAUUUCGAUGACUAUGAUGACGAUGACAAUUGUGAUGAGAAUCAAAAUAGGAACAUUACCUAA